CCGUCGCUGUUACAGCAGAGAAUUCGAAGAUGUGGUGUUGGAGGUUCGGGUUGACGUUGCCGAUUGUGCUCGCGAUGAUGACUUCGUCGCCGCGCACGGUGCGGGCGACAAGCAGCUACGACGAAGACGAACUGGUCGCCAAGUGGAAGGACAUGGAGUCUUCCAUGAGAGAGGUGGUCCAGGGCGCCCUGAAGAAGGCCCUGCCCGAAGUGCUGAGGAUGGGCCAGGAAGACGGCGGCCUGUCGGCGCCCUGCACGUCCGCCUUUAUCGGAGUGUUUCGUCGACUCGGCAGCUUGGACAAGGAGGUGAUGAAAAUGAUCGACGCAUCAGGCAAGCUGGCUCCGGGUCUCCUGGACGGAUCGCUCACCGACUUCGGCGACUACGAAGAGUGCCUAAGCGUGGCCGUUCCUGAUGCCUCUUCGGAGGAUGGCUCCCUCCUGUUCCGCGGCCAGUACUGCAUGGUGAAAUCGAGGCCACCGCUACCGCCCAAGCCACGCGUCGUCACCAAACACUUCGCGGCCAUCAACUUGACCCUCUUCCCGGAAAACUCGGUGAUGCGAGAGUUCGCUAAGGACGCUGGGACAUUCUUCACGACGACUGCGAGGACGGGGCUGUGCAUGCCUUCGGUGUGUUCCAAAGAGGACGUCGAAACAAUCGCAAAGAACGUUUUCAGAGGAAUACACUGGGACGCGAUUGUAAGCGACUGCUCUCAAGACUCGGCCGUCAACCUGACCCUGAAAGACAAGAUUUUUAUAGCCGUGCUGGUGUGCAUAAGCUUACCCGUGCUCUUGUCUACGGCGGCGCAAACGAACGUUUUUAUAUGGGAUGCCUUUAAUUCAACAUUCAUAUAUGAACGCCCAGUCUUCGAACGACUCACCGGCCUGUCGGCCUACGAAACGGCACGCAAAAUCUUCGUCGUGAAGGAGCCGGUGGACGACGAGACACGGCAGCUUCAGGUGUUCCACGGCCUCAGAGCAUUGAGCAUCGUUUGGAUAGUCUGGGUGCAUCACUACGCCUACAACGACACAUCAGUGUAUUCCGGUGCUAAGAUAGCCAAGAAACUGGUGGUGCAGUACAACACGCAGCCAUUCAACAACGCUUGGUUGGCAGUGGACACAUUCUUCUUUAUCAGUGGCUUCUUUCUCCUGUACGCAAUAUACAAGCAGAUGAGAUCGGCUGGCCUGGGUCAAGUUUUGUUCUACAUCGUCGUGCGGUGGUGGAGGCUGAUUCCGAUGGCUUGCAUGGGAAUAUUCAUGCUUACAUUGAUUCGACACUUCGGUGAUGGACCUUUGUGGAACGAAUACAUUGGUGCUGAGAUAGAAAAAUGCAACAAGAACUGGUGGCUUUUGCUCCUCAAUGUUCAAAAUUUCCUCAGACAUGACGAACUGUGUCUUGUGCCCUACUGGUACAUAUCCGUAGACACACAGCUCCACAUCUUCUUCAUAGGCUUCGCGAUUUUAUUGUUCAGAAAUUUUUAUCUUUCGGCGACCGCUAUGCUCUUCUUGGUGAUCACAAGCACCAUAGUGGUUGCGUGCCAGACUCUAGACAACUAUACGCCAACAGCGCUAUUUGUCGCAGGGGAUUCAACAUUCGCAAAGGAGGUGCUUGAGCAAAUUUAUUUCAGACCAUACACACACUUUGGCCCUUUCUGCUUGGGUAUGAUCAUCGCCUACGCGUUUCUGACGAAGAAACCGCGCUUUGAACUGGGAUGGGCGUGCCAGGGAGCCGCGUGGAUUGCAGUGUUCCUAGCGGGAGCCACCGUGCUGUUCUGCACCAAGAAGUGGGGCGACGGGGACGCGCUGCCUGCGCCCUGGAUCGCAGCCGCCUACGCAUCCUGCCACCGCCUCGUAUGGGCGCUCUGCAUCGGAUGGCUCGUGUUCGCCUGCAUCUCUGGCAGUGGAGGCUUGGUCAACAGCGUGCUCUGCAGUCCACUGCUGGUGCCCCUGAGCCGGCUGUCGUACGCGGUCUACGUGCUGCACGUGCCGAUCGUCUGGUUCCGGCUCUGGACCAUUCGAGAACGCAUCCUCAUCUGGUUUCUGCCCAUGUUCUACAACGCCAUGGGCACCCUCGUCCUUUCUUUCUUCGUGGCUCUUGGAGCGUCCAUCUUCAUCGAGCGGCCGCUGGUCGUCGUAAAAGACCUGGUCGUGAGCUGCAUCGCGGGACCGCGAAGCCGGAAAACCUCGCAACCCGACGGACAUCGCAGCAAGGGAGGUCGAAAGGCCGACGCCAUCGGCGAGACGAGACGCAUGGGCCCGUCCGUAGCGAGCAUCGCCAUUAAGCUCUCCGGCGGCCGAAUGUUCGCCAAGCAGGCGCAACCGCCCACUACGAGGACGACGCCGACUCCCGGGUUUCAGAACGAGUCGUGCACGGUCCACCUGUGAUCGCCGCGACAGCAGCUUACCUGGCCGUGGCACCUGCCUUGCCACAAGUACAACUAGAUGCAUGAUCAACGAUGAAAACUGCGGGCCCUGUCAUGUACUGCGAGCGCCUUUCGUUGUGGCUGUGGGGGAAGGAGGAAAAUACUAGCGAGCAUUUUUUUUUUUUUUUGCUGUACUUAGAAGGCCACCCCAGGGCCGGUAUAUUGUAACUAUUUAAUUUUUUUCUGCACUUCGUCAGUGGUCCGAGCAGCAUUUCACCUACGUUCUCACUGGGAUCAGGCAGUCGUGGGCGGUGGAUAAUAAGAAGAGAAUAGAAUCUAGCAAAAUGGAUUUUUACAUUACACCAGCCGAUGUUUGGGUGGCGCAAUCAAGCGGUGUUCAUAGAUACCGCUGUGAUGAUCUUGCCUGCAAAUCAUUACAAUGACACCCGCCGCUAAAACAGCUAAACAUUCAUAAGUGAAAACCCGCUUGACCUUCUUCUUAAAAGAGAGUCUCCCCACGAGCGGAGACGCGAAGUCACAGCUGUCGCCUCAAGCCGCGGAUCCCCCAAGUAUCGAGCAGCGACGUACAACAUGUGGGGAUUCCCGCGAAAUGCAUAGAGCACGGAACCCUCACCUGAAAUGCGCCCCGCAGCACGAAGGACAGUGUCGUGACAGCUUGCCUUCGGCUCCGGUAAAUGGGAGAAGGCAGGAGAGGAUCAUCGCUUGCGGGAAAUGGGAGAUAGCCUCAGCUGUGAGGGGGGAAGCUCACAUGUUCGGAACAUUUAAUUUGCGUCUAACUCAGCAAUCAAUGACCUUUCCUGAAGCCAAUGUCUUUCUUGGCGAGGUUACCCACCACUUUUCCGUAUCGGAUAUGUUUCUAGCCUCUUUUGCGGGCCGAUUCCAGAGAUUGUGCAGCCUAAAGAAGU